AUGUAUUCUGUGGAGUGGCAGAAACGAGGAUUGCCACAUGCACACAUUUUGAUUUGGUUGGUUGAAAAUAUAAGGCCAAAUGAAGUUGAUGCAGUGAUAUCAGCUGAAAUCCCUAAUGUACAAGUAGAUCCUGGAUUGCAUGAGGUAGUUAUCAAAAACAUGAUACAUGGUCCCUGUGGAACUCUUAAUCAAAAUUCACCGUGUAUGAUGGAUGGUAAAUGUUCAAAACGAUAUCCACGGACAUUAAUAUCGGAAACAAUUACUGGUAAUGACGGUUAUCCAUUGUAUCGUCGCAGAUCGACAGCAGACAAUGGAAAAUCAACAAUUGUCAAAUUAAAUCAACAAGAUAUUGAAAUAGAUAAUCGUUGGAUUGUUCCAUAUUCACCCAUUUUAUCAAAGACAUUCAAAGCACACAUCAACGUUGAAUCUUGCCAUUCAGUGAAAUCUAUUAAAUACAUUUGCAAAUAUGUAGCCAAAGGGAGUGAUAUGGCUGUGAUUGGAAUUGGUGCAGAGAAUUCCAAUGAUGAAGUUACCCAAUACCAAAUGGGCCGCUAUGUCAGUAGUAAUGAAGCAGUUUGGCGAAUAUUUUCUUUUCCUAUUCAUGAGAGACACCCUUCUGUUGUUCACUUAGCUGUGCAUUUAGAAAAUGGACAAAGAGUGUAUUUUACAGCACAGAACGCAGUACAAAGAGCUGCUCAGCCACCAUCUACUACAUUAACCAGUUUUUUUGAGACAUGCCAAAACGAUGAUUUCGCACAAACAUUGCUAUAUUCUGAAAUGCCAAAAUAUUAUACCUGGAAUCAAUCCUCAAGGAGAUUUAUACGACGGAAACAAGGAAAACCAGUUCCAGGAUAUACAGAUUUACGAACUGUUGAUGGUGAAUUGUGUGUAUCCUACAGAGAAGCCUGUCAACGUUUGCAAUUGCUUGAAAAUGACGCUCAUUGGGAUCAAACUCUCAAUGAUGCUGUAAUAUCAUCACACGCUCAUCAAAUACGAACAUUGUUUUCUAUAAUCAUAUCUACAUGCUUCCCAUCAAGCCCAAUUGAUUUGUGGAUCAAGUACAAAGAUUAUAUGUGUGAUGAUAUUUUGUAUCAAAUACAGAAUAGAAUGGGAAAUCCAAAUAUACAAAUCAGUGAAGAAAUUUACAAUGAAGCAUUGAUUUCAAUUGAGGACAUGUGCUUGAUAAUGUCAAACAAACUAUUAAUUCAAUUAGGCCUGACCGCGCCCAAUCGUCCAAUGCAUGACGCUUUUAACCAAGAGUUGCAUCGAGAAAGACUGUAUGAUCUCAACGAUUUGAAAGAAUUAUUCAAACAAAUCUUCCACUGUUAA